CAACAAGAUGAUCAAAAAUAACAAAAUCUUUAAACCAAGCCAUGGCUUCUGGUGGUGCCAAACCCGCGAUAUUCUUCCUCUUGUUCGUGAACCUCAUUCUUUAUCUAAUCAUCACGAUAAUUGCUUCGUGGGCUGUCAAUCACGGUAUCGAAGAAUCCCUAGAACAAGCAUCUGUUCUAAGUACCCCGGCAAAACUAUUUCCGAUAUACUUCCCAUUCGGCAACAUGGCGACCGGCUAUGUAGUUAUCCUCUCUCUCUUGGCCGGAGUUGUCGGUUUUACAACUUCCGCCACCGGAAUGAGUAAUGCCGCUCAAUGGAAUGCUUCCGAUCUAUACGCAGCUUCGGCUUCUUCUCUAAUCACUUGGUCACUCACAAUGCUUGCCAUGGGAUUUGCCUGCAAAGAGAUACAUAUUGGUUGGAGUGGGACAACCUUGCGCGCUCUAGAGGCUCUCUUGAUAAUUGUAAGUGGGACGCAGUUACUUGGCAUGAUCGCGAUUCACGCUGGGAUUGAAGCGUUGUCGUAUGGUGGGGGGCGAGUUUAAAUACCUAAUAGUACAUUUCAUGGUGAAAUAACCUAAAUGUGUUGUUAUACUUGUUUAUUUUCGAAUUUGAAGAUUGGUUUUCUUCCUCUUCUCUUUUGUAUUUAUUCUUCAAUUAUUUUGGUGUAAAGAUUGAUUUGUUGAUUGUUUA